AUGGUAGUUAGAUCACUUGAUGUAGAAAAAGAUUCUUUUCGAUCUAGAGAAGAACAUGAAGAGCUCCUUGGUCCAGAAGUACCAUAUCUUAGUGCAAUAGGAGCAUUGAUGUAUCUUGCUAAUUGUACAAGACCUGAUAUAGCUUUCUCUAUCAAUUUAUUAGCAAGAUUUAGUUCUGCUCCAACAUAUAGACAUUGCAAAGGGAUUAAGCACAUACUCCGCUAUCUCCAGGGUACUAUUGAUAAAGGAUUAUUCUAUUCUAAUAGUUGUGGGUCACAACUUAUUGGCUACGAAGAUGCAGGAUAUUUAUUUGAUCCACAUAAAGCUAGAUCUCAAACUGGCUAUUUGUUCACUUGCAGUGACACUGCUAUAUCUUGGCGGUCAACAAAACAAACUCUGGUGGCUACUUCCUCAAAUCAUGCUGAGAUACUUGCAAUUCACGAGAUGGUUCACAAGAUUGGAAUGCGUCGAUUAAAGGAUCUCCAUGAAUGCCAAAAUGAGGGGGAGUAA